GGGAUGGCUCAGGGUCUUCACCCCGACCUUUGCAUUCAGCAGGUUGGACUGCUAUGGAAUAUGAUGAGAAGUUGGCCCGUUUCCGGCAGGGCCACCUCAACCCGUUCAACAAGGCCCCGCUGCAGAAUCGCCAGGACCAGAAGACAGCAGGAGCUGGAGAGGACUUUCCACAGAAAGACCUGAAUCUGGGAUUUUCCCCAGAGGAACCUGUGUUCCACUGCUCAGAACGCACCAUGGACUUGGGCCUGGCAGAGGAUCACUUCUCGCGCCCAGUGGGCCUGUUCCUGGCCUCGGAUGUGGAUCAGCUGCGGCAGGCCAUCGAGGAGUGGAAGCAUAGGAUCCUGGAGCUCCCGGAUAACUCCGAGAUGCAGAAGGAUGCCGUGGUGCGGCUCAUUCACCUGCGGCUCAGGCUCCAGGAGCUGAAGGACCCCAGCGAGGAUGAGCCCAACAUCAGGGUGAUUCUGGAGCAUCGCUUCUACAAGGAGAAGAGCAAGGGUGUGAAGCAAACGUGCGACAAGUGUAACACCAUCAUCUGGGGGCUCCUCCAGACCUGGUACACCUGCACGGGCUGCUCCUAUCGCUGCCACAGCAAGUGCCUGAACCUCAUCACCAAGCCGUGUGUGCGCUCCAAGGUCAGCCACCAGGCCGAGUACGAGCUGAGCAUUUGCCCGGAGACGGGGCUGGACAGCCAGGACUACCGCUGUGCCGAGUGCCGGGCACCCAUUUCUCUCCGUGGGAUCCCAGGUGAGGCUCGGCAGUGUGACUACACAGGCCUCUAUUACUGCAGCAGCUGCCACUGGAACGACCAAGCUGUCAUCCCUGCCAGGGUCAUCCACAACUGGGACUUUGAGCCCCGCAAGGUCUCUCGGUGUAGCAUGCGCUACCUGGUGCUAAUGGUGUCCCGGCCAGUCCUCAAAUUGCGUGAGAUCAACCCUCUUCUCUUCAAUUAUGUUGAGGAGCUGGUGGAGAUCCGGAAACUGCGUCAGGACAUCCUGCUCAUGAAGCCCUACUUCAUCACCUGCAAGGAGGCGAUGGAGACCCGGCUGCUGCUGCAGCUGCAGGACCGGCAGCACUUUGUGGAAAAUGAUGAGAUGUACUCCCUGCAAGACCUGAUGGAUGUCCAUGCCGGGCGCCUCAGCUGCUCCCUGACGGAGAUCCACACGCUGUUUGCCAAGCACAUCAAACUGGACUGUGAGCGGUGCCAAGCGAAGGGCUUUGUGUGUGAGCUCUGUAAGGAGGGGGAUGUGCUCUUCCCCUUUGACAGCCACACCUCAAUGUGCACGGACUGUUCGGCCGUCUUCCACAGGGACUGCUUUUAUGACAAUUCCACAACAUGCCCCAAAUGCGCUCGACUCAAUCUAAGAAAACAGUCGUUGCUCAGGGAGCACAGCAUGGAGCUGCAAGCGUAGGUGUGACUUCUCUUAAAUAGAGAGGGACGAUGCCAAAGACAUGGUUCCCAGCAUGCCUGUGACUUACUUGUCCUCCUUGGAAGGAAAGCAGCCCAGACUGGUGAGGAAAUAAGUCUGCUGGGGAGGAUGACAUGGGAAUGCCACAUCCAAGCUGGAGAAGGAUGCUGCCCACCUAUCUCUGGACAGAUGCUGAGGUUCUCCUUGUGUUUCCGACUCUGAAACUCUUCCUGAGGGAGCUCUUAGUCCUGGCUGCAACUGGCAGAUGUGGAGAAAGGGCUGCCAGAUGAUUUUGUGGAAAAUGGGUGGCCAUCUCCCCUCAGUAAUUGGCUAAUAACACCAUUGCUUGGCUGGCAUAGAGUCCAGUUGCUAUGGCUUCCUUCCAGACCAUGAUAGUUCAGCGAAGAUGUUGGCUUGCAUUUGGGAACUCAUUCCUUUGACUUGGAAGUGUCUGCCUUGGAGAUGGAGAGAGAAAGAGACUUGGCUUUCCUUUCCCACCCCCCACAGCACAGGAUGAUGGCAGUUGCCAGGACUGGAUGAAUCACAAAACAGUCUCUGCCAGCCAUGAGAAGAGACUACUGGACUCUUUAUACCACAGUAAUUUAUCACAAGCACUAAAAUCACUUUAAAUAAAGCUAAGUAUAAAUAUUGAA